AUGCUAGAAUAUGAAACCAGUUCUGCUAAUAUCGAUAAAAGUCGGCGAUUUAGUCACCACAUCUAUCUAUCUCAGCUUGUUCAUAUCUAUCUAUCUAUCUAUCUAUCUAUUUAUCUAUCUAUCUAUCUAUCUAUUCGGACACUUCUUAUCUAUCUAUCUAUCUAUCUAUCUAUCUAUCUAUCUAUCUAUCUAUCUAUCUAUCUUUCUAUCUAUCUAUCUAUCUAUCUAUCUAUUUGGGGUUAUUCAUAUCUAGCUAGAGAGCUAUCUGUCGCAGACACUUCUUAUCUAUCUAUCUAUCUAUCUAUCUAUCUAUCUAUCUAUCUAUCUAUCUAUACAUAUUCUAUUUCUGCCUAUGAAUAUAUAUUUGUCUAUUCAUAUCUAUCUAUCUAUCUAUCUAUCUAUCUAUCUAUCUAUCUAUCCUCAGUCUGUACAUUAUCUAUCUAUCUAUCUAUCUAUCUAUCUAUCUAUCUAUUCGGACACUUCUUAUCUAUCUAUCUAUCUAUCUAUCUAUCUUUCUAUCUAUCUAUCUAUCUAUUUGGGACACUUCUUAUCUAUCUAUCUAUCUAUCUAUCUAUCUAUCUAUCUAUACAUCUUCUAUUUCUGCCUAUGAAUAUAUAUUUGUCUAUUCAUAUAUAUCUAUCUAUCUAUCUAUCUAUCUAUCUAUCCUCAGUCUGUACAUUAUCUAUCUAUCUAUCUAUCUAUCUAUCUAUCUAUAUAUCUAUCUAUCUCAGCUUGCGGUUCUUAUCUAUCUAUCUAUCUAUCUAUCUAUCUAUCUAUCUAUCUAUCUAUCUAUCUAUCUGUCUAUCUCAGCCUGCUUAUAAAAUCGGACAUUAUUUUCCGAAUAAACUAAUAUCUAUCUAUCUAUCUAUCUAUCUAUCUAUCUAUCUAUCACUUCUUAGUCUGUUCCUAUCUAUCUAUCUACCUAUUUCAAUCUCUUCAUUAUCUAUAUGUAUAUCUAUCUGUCUCAGUAUGUUCAUUAUCUAUCUAUCUAUCUAUCUAUCUAUAUAUCUAUAUAUCUAUCUAUCUAUAUAUCUAUAUAUCUAUCUAUCUAUCUAUCUAUCUAUCUAUGUCAGUCUGUUCCUAUCCAUCUAUCUCAGUUUGUUCAUUGUCUCUCUCUCUCUCUCUCUCUCUAUAUAUAUAUAUAUAUAUAUAUAUAUAUAUAUAUAUAUAUCUUCAUUAUCUAUCUAUUCAUUCAUUAUCUAUCUAUCUAUCUAUCUCAAUCACUUCAUUAUCUAUCUAUCUAUCUAUCUAUCUAUCUAUCUAUCUAUCUAUCUCAGUUUGUUCAUAUCUAUCUAUCUCAAUCUCUUCAUUAUCUAUAUAUCUAUAUAUCUAUCUAUCUCUUUCUGUUUACAUCUAUCUCUUCAUGCUCAAACUGAGUGA